AUGUCAGGUGAAAACAUGACGUUUGUGAAGGACUUCUUUAUUGUGGGUUUUCCUGGACUUCAUCCUAAAUACUAUGCCCUUGUAUCUGCAAUUCUGUUCUCAGUGUAUUUGAGUACUUUAAUUGGGAAUGGAUUUUUUCUUCUUUUGUUUGCAACAAACAAAAGUCUUCAUAAACCUAUGUAUUUUAUUUAUAUGAGUCUUAUGUUCUCUGAUGUGUUGUUCAGUACAUGCACUUUACCGAAAAUUAUUGCUAGAUAUUGGUUUCAAGAUGGGACUAUUUCUUUUGUAGCUUGUUUUUUUCAGAUGUACUUAGUGCAUUAUUUUGGGACAGUUGAUUCGUACACACUAGCCUUAAUGGCACUAGAUCGAUAUAUAGCAGUUUGCUACCCAUUUCGUUACAAUUCUAUUAUGUCAAAUAGGAAUAUAGUACUUCUCAGUCUAGUGGUCUGGGUUUUGGCUCAUGGUUGCAAUAUAAUGAUGGUUGUUCGGGCUUUCCCCCUCCCUUACUGUGGAGCCAACACUGUUAUACACUGCUACUGUGAUCAUGUAUCUAUUACCAGACUUGCAUGCAUUGACAGGACACUCUAUAGUUUUCCAGCUUUUGUUUAUGCCAUGGUAGUUUUACUGGGAUCUCUUGCCAUUAUUCUUGUCUCCUAUUCCUUCAUUAUUUUAGCUGUACUACAAAUAGCAACUGCACAUGGACGGCUAAAAACUUUUUCCACAUGUAGUUCUCAACUCAUUAUAAUUUCUCUUUUUUUUUCCCCCAGAUGUUUUAAUUACUUGGCUGCAAAUACAGGUAUCAUAUUUAACACUGAUUUGCAAAUAGCCAUCAUUAUGCUUUAUAGCCUGAUACCUCCAGUUAUCAACCCUUUAAUCUACAGUCUAAAAACAGAAGAAGUUAAGAAAAUCUUGAUAACAAAAUUUCAAAAAAGGCCAAGGUAG